AUGAGCAUCCUCUCAGUUGUGUGCAAUGGCAAUAGCCUGCACCUGGACUCAUCACUCUCUAAGGCUACUUCCCCAUCCCUUUUAUGGCUUCAACAUAUUGAUGAAGAGCCAAAUAGCAACGUGGGUGGGUGGAGCUUCUUGGAGGCUCUAGCCAACCCAUCACACACUCAAAAUGAAAAUGUGUACGUUCACCCUCUCGCCAAGCGCUCUGCUUCAACCAUGAACACCAACAGCUUGAACAUGUGCACUGAGAGUUUGGGAAGCGAAACGGGCGAGAGCUGCUGCAUGGAUGAAUGCUCUGCUUCGCCGUUCUUGUUGGAGAAACACAAAUACCAACAAGGGUUUUCAAAGUCUGGGUUGAAGAAAAUGAAGGGGAAGGGCAGUUUUCCACCUCCCCUGACUUCAAUCAGUCGCCUUGAGGGUGUUCAAGUUCAAGUUAGGCCUUUCCGGGAAGAGGGUCGCUUAGUGAUCAAAGCUGUGAAUAUAACUACUCCUGCCUCUUAUUUCCACACCCACCGCUCCAAUGGGAGGCUUACGCUUUCCCUCAGAAAACCAGAGCAUCUUGAAACCCAAGAAGAAGAAGAAGAAGCAGAGAAAGUAGUGACGCAAAUUUGA